AUGAGCCAUUCCAGCACCAUCCGCGCCACCUCCUACCGCCGCACUUUCGGGCCGUCGCCCAUGCUGUCGCCGAUGCCCUACACCUCGUCCCGUCUGGCCUCGGGCUCUUCCGCCACGCGGCUGCUGAGCAUGCCUUCCGCCGGAGCCUCCCUGCGCUCCUACCGCGGGAGCGGCGGCGGGGGCAGCGCCCUGUUCCUGCGCACCGGCGCGCCGGGGAUGCUGGCGCCCUCGCAGCUGCCGCCGCAGCGCUACGCCUACAGCUCCGAGAAGCUAGACUUCUCGGUGGCCGAUGCCCUGAACCAGGAGUUCCUGGCCACCCGCAGCAACGAGAAGCAGGAGCUGCAGGAGCUCAACGACCGCUUCGCCAGCUUCAUCGAGAAGGUGCGCUACUUGGAGACGCAGAACGCCGCCCUGCUGACCGAGCUGGGCCAGUCCCGCGCCAAGGAGCCCACCCGCGCCUCCGACCUCUUCCAGGACGAGCUACGCGAGCUGCGCCGGCAGGUGGACUCGCUGGGCAAGGACCGCGACCGCCUCCAAGUCGACAGGGACAACCUGGCCGAGGACUUGGCCGCCCUCAAGCAGAGGCUGGAUGAGGAAAUGCACAAGCGAGAAGAUGCUGAAAACAACCUGGUUCUCUUUCGCAAGGAUGUGGACGAUGCCACCCUUUCACGCCUGGAACUGGAGCGCAAGAUCGAGUCCCUCAUGGAUGAAAUUGAAUUCCUCAAGAAAUUGCACGAGGAGGAGCUGAACGACAUGCAAGUGAGCAUCCACAGCCAGCAGCAGGUGCAAGUGGAGGUGGAGCAGGCUAAGCCAGAUCUGACUGCCGCCCUGAAGGAGAUCCGCACUCAGUAUGAAAGCAUUGCGGUCAAGAACCUGCAGGAGGCUGAGGAGUGGUACAAAUCCAAGUUUGCUGACCUGUCAGAUGCAGCCAAUCGGAAUCACGAGGCCCUUCGCCAGGCCAAACAGGAGAUGAACGAAUCUCGCCGUCAGAUCCAGACCCUGACCUGUGAGGUUGAUGGACUCAAAGGAACAAAUGAAGCCUUGCUGAGACAGAUGCGAGAUCUUGAGGACCAAUAUGGGGCUGAGGUGGGCUCCUACCAAGAGACAGUGGGGCGGCUGGAGCAGGAGAUCCAGCACAUGAAGGAAGAGAUGGCUCGGCACCUGCGGGAGUACCAGGACCUGCUGAAUGUCAAGAUGGCUCUUGAUAUUGAAAUUGCCACCUACCGCAAACUGUUGGAAGGAGAGGAAAGCAGGAUUGCAGUGCCUGUCCAAUCCAUGGCAUCUUACAGCUUCAGACCCGCAGUUUCAGAGCCGGAUCCAAGUGUAGAGAGCCACACCCGGAAGACGGUGCUGAUCAAAACCAUUGAAACCCAGGAUGGAGAGGUGGUGACCGAAUCAAGGAAGGAGCAGAGAGCUGAGAUAGAGAAGUGAGGCUGGCCACCCCAGCAAGGCCCCCUGGGCCACUGAGAGAGGCACUUAGCUCACCUCUUUGCAAAAGUCCCAGUCGCAGAUCCCUUCUUCCCUCACUAAGCCACACUGGCCUUAUUUACGAUGGUGAUGGUGACGAUACCUCUUACCACUGGCAGCCUUCCCACACUGUUCCAGGCUUCCUGAACCAUCCCUCUCUGCCCUUCGGACCGUACUCUGUUCACAGCCUGGUGGUAGUCCCAGCAAUAGCCACCAAUGAUCUUGGGAGUGGAGAUGGCUUCCCCCUGCUCUUGUCUUCCAUCGCCUCCUACCUCUUUGUAUCACAUUCCUUCUCAUCUCUCCCCGCAAAGAGCCCUUCUCCAACCAGUACCCCCCAAACCAAGCUGCCUUCCUGUAAAGUACCACUCACAAAGCCAGCCCACCCUAGGAACCAAUUAGCCAGGUGUGUUUAGGUUGAAUCUAAAGGCUGUGGCCUUCCAGUUGUUUUGGAAUUAAAAUUCCCAGCCUCCUAAAAAUCAUACAGUGUGUUGCUGGCACUUGUAGUUUAGCAAUAGCUGGAAGGUCCCAGGAUCCCUACCACUGCCAAACAAUUCGGUGGCUGCAGGUUGGCAAGCUCCACCAACCUGCAAGGCCCACUAAGCACACCAUCUUGGAAGCACCAAAGAAGGCCAGGAGCUUGCUCAUAACUUUGUUUUUACUGCUCUUGUUGAAUCUAAACAGUUCUAUGUGCCGGUCACAGAGAA